AGGAGCAGGAGGCUAGGCUACUGAGGGGAGUGAAGUUUGAGGUCAUGGUUGAGACACCCAGGGUUCAGAGGAGUCCCAUCCCAGAGACAGAGCCUCUUUGGCGGGUAGAGAGUACAAGACACCUCCCUGGAGAUCCACCUCACGGACAGGCUGCACAUCAGGAGGUUGGGAGGCCUGUGUUUACAUACCCCGACGACAGUGUGAAAGACUGUGAGGAGGUUGGAGAAGAGAGACCCUGGCCUCUACAGAGAGGAGAGAGACCCUGCCCUCUACAGAGAGGAGAGAGAACCUGGCCUCUACAGAGAGGAGAGAGACCCUGCCCUCUGAAGACGGCCUCAGUAGAUUCCUCCUGGAGAAGCAGCCAGCUAUCACACGUCAACUACUAUGGUGGUUACCUGGGUGGGGCCCAGCAGGGACGGACACUGAAACAAGGCAGCACAGACACAAAAAAGGACAACACAUCCUCGGACCCCAGCUUCUCCAGAUUGCAUCUCCCUCCCCUUUUUUCUGGCUCAGUGGUCAGUCUGGACCAGGACAGUAGUAGGAGGAAACCAAGGAGUCCAGGUGGGCUGGGGGGGAAGUUCCUGCCACUCAUACAUGAGGCGUAUGUCAGCUCUGAGGAUCCAGCCCAGACCCAGCCAGAGAGGUUGACCCAGACCUAUCCUGUCCAUCCAGCCCACACCAUCCUAGAGCCCCAAGCCCAUCCAGAGAGGGCCCACCUGGAGAAGCCAGGGCCCAGGAGGCUGCUGCUGUCAGUGAUACUACCCCUUGGACAUACAGAAGAGGAGGGGGUGCAGGCUCCGUGUGCUGGUGUCCACUACAAGCCAUCAGAGGAGGAGAGAGGGGAGCCUCACUGUGGAGAGACGGGACACAAAAGAGAGAGCACUAGAAGAGGGGAAGGAGAAGGACGAGGAGGAGGGGGAGUAGGAGGAGGAAGGGGUCUCCCUGAGAAAGGCUCUAAGCAGACCUGGCCUGAGCAGAACGGUCUCUCCCUACUACAGCCUGGGGAAGAAGCUGCUGUCCCCCUGGCUGGUCCCCUGGCUGGCCCCCUGGCUGGUCGGCUCAGAGGCCCAGGCAAACAGAGCUCCAUGGCCAUCUACAAAGACAGAUCUGAUGUCCAUGCCCCCUGGGACCCCUCCGAUCCUGGGAGGGUCAUGGUCAGAGGCAGCCUACCCCUGGAGCUCAGAGAGUGGCAGCAGCAGACAGGCAGAUCCCAGGGCACCUUGAUCUUGGGUCCUGAUGGUGAGGUUAUACAGAUGUCCCCGUGGGACCCUAAUAAUAUGUCUGCCACUGAGGACCAGCCCGCCCUUACCUCUGCUCUGGACCAGGUCACACGAGACCAUGCUCUCCAGGUCCUAACCUCAGAGGGGGAGCUACCCUGGGUCCUACUGAUGCAAACACAGCCUAUAGCCACAGGGGAAGCCAGUAAUCCCGAAGUACCCCCAACCAACAUGGAACAAUCUGAAUUAGUCCAAACGGUAGGAUCUGAUGAACAAACUGUCCUGUCUGGUGGCCAGAGACACAGACAGGGACCUGAAUCUUCCAGGAACAGAACUACAGGGAAACAGCUGCACCCAGACACUCAGAGACGUGGAGGAAGCGAUAAACACAUGGCUGCUGUCAGCUACAACAGCAGGACAGUGGAGAUACCAAGACAGGAGGAAGGGAAGGAGGUGAGGAGGGAGGAAGCUGAGGAGAAGUCUACAACAAGGAAGAGGAGCCAGGAUCGGGAAAAGCCAGGUCCACAGAGGAGUGGGGUAUCCUCCUUACCUACCACAGAAGAAGAAGAUACCCAAAACAUCAACCCCCACAAACCUUCACAGCCCAUCCCCACAGGCCACUCUACAGAAUGGGCCUUCUCUCAGAACAGAAGUCCCAAACACUCAGAGGGACCCCUUACACCCAGUGGCAGGAAAGGAGGCCAUUCUAAGAAAACAAACGUGGCAGUAGAUGAGCAGAAUCCACAGCAGGCAGAAGGACAGACACAGGAAACAGGGGAACAAGCCAGCAGAGAGAAGCUGGAGGACACAUUGAAUAAAGAGGUGGGAUCCCAGGACUCUCCUCCUGUACAGAAAAUGAAAAAGAGAAAAGUGAAUGAAGGGCAGAACCAGGAAGUCCUCUCCAAGGAGGCGGGGAAGGUCUUGAGGAAGAAGAAAAAGGACCGGGUCAAAGAUCAAGCUGAGUUUGUUGUCGGAAAACCUAAAGGCCACGUGGACAUGGAGAGGACAAAGAAGACCAAAGAGACUAAUGGCCACGUGGACGUGGAGAGGACGAAGAAGACCAAAGAGACUAAAGGCUUAUCUGAGACGUCUCCAUCUGCUCUGAGUCCUGAUGGAGAUGUGAAGGACACCAAAGACGAUAGUGCUGCACUAAACACACAUGAAGAGGAACAUAGUGACCUCGUCCAAUCCCCGAGAUCCCAUCACAGCACUGUAAACAGGAGCUCCUCAUCCAAUGGGCAGUCAGGUCAGAGUUCACACAGAUCUAACUCCUGUGAGGACGAGGUUUUACCGUGCGGACAACGACGGUCCUCUCAUGACCAACUGUCAUCCUGCUCGGUUGUCAUGACAGCAGAAACACAACCAUUAAAUCUGGUCAUAUCUGACGCCAGCAUCAGUACUGACAAGAACAGAGGAGAGGCAGCAGCCCAUAUGGAGCAACAGAAGAAUGUGUUGGCUGAGAAGGCAGAGCGUCGCCGACUAGAGGUGGAGAGGAAGAGGAAGGAGAGAGAGGAGGAGAGGAGGAGGCAGCAGGAGCGGGAGGAAAGAGAGGAGUGCAUGAGGCUGGAGCUGGAAGAGGAGCAGAAUCAGAGAGCCGAGGAACUCAGGCUGAGGAGACUGGCUGAGGAGGAAGAGAGACAAAGGUUAGAGGAGAAGGAGACUGAGAGGAGAAGAAGGGAGCAGGCGGAGAAAGAGAAGGAGUGGAGGAAGAAGGAGCAGAAGAGACGACAGUUGGAGAUGAUUCAGAAGAUCAGACAGGAGGAGGAGGAACGCAGGGCAGCUGAGUUGGAGCUGCAGCGACUAGAGGAGGCGAUGAGUAAGGAAGAGGAGAGGAGGAGGCUGGCAGCGAUGGAGGACCAUGAGAAGAGGGAGUACCUGCAGAAACAGAAGGAGGAGGAAGAGGAGAGGAAGAAGGCAGUGGAGGAGAGAAAAAGCAGAGAGGAGGAGGCAGCGCAGUGGGCAAAAGAAGAGGCACGACUACAAGCUGAACUGUUUGCCAGGCAGAGGGCUUUACUAGAGCAGCAGCUGCAGUUCAGACGAGGCCUGCUGACGGAGGCCGGGGCUUUGGGACAGACUCAGGACAUCUCUCGAGCCUGGGUCUACUCUUACUUCCAGCUCAUACAACUACUGGGGCUGGCUGAGGUCCCCACAGCACAGGAAGACUCACCCAAAGACAUGUCCAAGAAUGUAAGGGGAAAACUAGGGGAUGUGGCUGACCAGCAAACCAGUGUUGAAUUUCCAAAUGGGUUAAAAUGAGGUUAUGUUUAAGGUAAGGGUACGUUUAGGUCGGGCUGUCAAUGGGAUGCUAGUCAGUCACGUCCUUCAGUCACGUCCUUCAGUCACGUCCCUUCAGUCGCGUCCUUCAGUCACGUCCCUUCAGUCC